AUGGUGAUGAGAAUUCGGUUUUUUUUUCACGGGUACAUUAAUAGUAGACGGGCUUCAAACAAUAUUCCUGGCCUAUUGAUUAAUGGUGUUUGGACGGCUAAACCUUCCUUAGUCAAAAAAGAGAUUAUUGGUUUCUUCAAUUUGGCAUUUAAGAAAAAAAAAUUCUAUAACAGACCAUAUCUAACUUGCCAUAAUAUUAAAAGACUUUCGGAGGAGAACGCGGCGUCUCUAAUAACCCCUUUUAAGAACGAGGAGAUAAAGAAAGCUGUGUUCGAGUGCGGGGCCGACAAAGCUCUUGGGCCAGACGGUUUCAAUUUCAACUUCAUAAAAAGCAAAGGCUCUGUCGCAAAAGGAUGCAGUUCAUCUUUCAUAACUCUUAUCCCUAAAAACAAGGAUCCGGUGGGAAUGAAAGAUUAUCGGCCGAUAAAUCUUAUUGGGGUGAUUAGUAAAACUAUUUCUAUGGUUCUUGCUAAUCGCCUCAAAAAGGUCAUUGGUUCCAUAAUUUCAGAAAACCAAACCGCUUUCCUUAGAGGCAGGCAAGGAGACCCGCUUUCUCCGUUUCUGUUUCUUUUGGUUAUGGAAGCCCAGUCUAGCAUUUUUUGCAAAGCAGGGCUUGAAGGGUUUUUCAAAGGCAUUCAAACUCCUAAUAAUGGGCUGGUUAUCUCACAUCUUUUUUAUGUUGAUGACGCUCUCAUUUUGAGGGAUUGGGAUAGGGGUAAUUUCUCGAAUGUGGCUAGAUGUCUUAGAAUUUUUUACGUAUGCUCGGGCCUUAAAAUAAACCUUCACAAAACUAACUUAUAUGGGUUGGGUGUGGAUAACUGUGAUAUUAAAGAUACGGCUAAUGUGAUUGCGUGUAACGUUGAUAACAUCCCGCUUUCUUACUUGGGUAUCAUGGUGGGGCCCAGUAUGAAUAGAAUCAAAAAUUGGGAGUCAAUUGUUGAGAUUUUCGAUAAAACGUUAUCGGUUUGGAAAGCUAAAACUUUAUCUAUAGGGGGGAGACUUACAUUGAUUAAUUCGGUUUUAGAGAGUAUUCCUAUUUACUAA